CAUUCCAUUACUAUUUCUUUUAUACCUCAAAUUUACUGAUUUUUCUUUUUUAUUUUCAUAUUCCGACGAAAAUAUUUUGGGGGUGGAAUUGAUCUCUUGCUUGGAGUUGAGGAGCUUUUCAAAUCGUGAUUUUUGUUUCCGAGUUCUUGAGAAAGGGGUCUGUGCGAAGCUCUGUGUUUCGGAGACGCUGAUUGCUGAUGCCAAGGGUUCAGAACCAGGAGGCCUCAUGAGAUUACAGUAGUCUAUUGUGGCUGUUCCGCCGAAGAGAUUAUGACACUAGACGACUUCUUCACCUUGACUGAGAUGAACAAUGGGCUUACAGCUCCUUCUCGGGUCAGGGAACUUAUGGCUGUCAUGGAGAAAGAAAGAAAUUGUGUGGUGAAGAAUGCAGCUGAUUCGACAAGGCAGUGGUCUGCAGUUGCAAGUGCUAUAGUUGCUACUGAGAACAAGGAGUGUGUUGACCUUUUUCUUCAGUUAGAUGGCCUCAACUUCAUCUCAAAGUGGUUGAAGGAUGCCCAGAAGCUCGAUGACGACACCAGUGGCAGCUUUGUGGAAGAAUCACUUACCCAUUUGCUGCGGGCACUUGAAAAACUGGACGUGGACCAUGAAAAACUGCUUGCUUCUGGAGUCUGGGAAACUGUUAAGAAUCUCCUUAUGCACAGUAGUUCCAGGGUUCAGGAUAAAGCUCGCGCACUGUUUGAAAGCUGGAAAACAAAGAUGAAUAGCACCACAUCUUUACCUGAUGUGGAUAAAACAGGACCUUCAACUGUAGAUGAGCCUCAAAAAAGUGGCGAUAUAGAGAGGGGCAUCGAACAUUCAGAAUCUCUCCCGACAGAUGCAUCUAUCUGCCAAGAAAAUCCUAUUAAUACAAAGACCCCCGAAUCAGAUGAUCCAGUCCUCUCCACAAGUUCCAAUGAUGCUCUUAAUCAUCAAAAGGUUGAAAGUGCAAACAAUAUGGACACAAGUUUAAAUCUCCCAAUUGGAAAUGAUGCAUCAUUUCACCAAGUUGUCUCAUCGCCCUUACAAGCAUCUUCAACGGAGCCUCCAUGUCAUCCAGAUAAAACUACAUCUGAGCCAUGUGUUGCAGCUGUUCCUGGGGAAGGUGCUACUGAAAGUUUGUCUGAUAAAAUGGGAUUGCUUGAAACAUCAAAAGGCGGAUCGUUUAUUUCAAGUUCUGUCGUUGUCCAGGAAAAGAAAACCAUAACCGAGAGUCCACAAAAGAACUCGUUUGAUGAAGGCUUCUCAUGUACUGACUCAAAGGAGAUAGACUCUGAUGCAAAAGAUGUCAAGUACGGAGAAGAUGGUUUAAAUCAACAUAAAGCUUCACCAAUUUCUAAAGCAGGAGUUAACAGUAACCCUCUUCUGUUGCCAAGGUCCUCGAACAGUGAGAAGAGUUGGGGAAGUCCUAAUGAUUUAGAGAAAUUCAUUUCAGGGACGGAAGGUAAAGGAAAGAUUAACACAAGUGGCCUUCAUGUUACUGAAAAUGAUUUAGCAAAUAGUUAUGCUUUUGGCAGAAAGUUAAUGGAUAGGGGACCUGAACGAGCUGGUAAGAAGUCCGAUGUUGAUAUAGACCAUGGAAUUCUAGAUCCUCUGGAAUAUGCAAUGCAGGUAGCCAUGGAGGUGGAGAGGGAAGUUGUAGAUGACAAAGAACGGAGUUGUGGUUCAUCAGAGAAAUUACCAGAAGGUAAUAUAAGGCAGCCGAAGAGCCCCGACUCUGUGAGCCAAAAACAACCACAUUGCAGUGAGGGCUCACCUAAGGAGGUAGUAGAUGAGCCUAAUUUAUCGGAUGCAUCGUCACCGAUGCAGGACGAAUCUGCAACCAGCUCCGGUCACCAAGAUGCUGAGCAGACAAAUGGUACACAAGAUAUGGCAACCUCUCAAGUCGCAGAGGUGGCUCAAGAAGAAGCCCACGAAGAGAAAGGCCUAGGUGGAUUUGACCUGAAUGAAGAAGUUUGUCCAGAAGAUCCUGAGCGUCCUGAGAAUCAAUGUUUUGCACCUGUCUCUUUUGUUUCUGCUUCAAGAGCUGCAGCAGCUCCUGGCCAGCCCGGUGCUCCAUUGCAAUUUGAGGGGAAUCUUGGCUGGAAAGGCUCGGCUGUAACAAGUGCAUUUCGCCCUGCAUCACCUCGCCGGAUGCGGGAAAGUGACAAGGAUCUCUCAACUGGGGGGAGCAGUAGCAGCUCAAAGCAACGGCAGGGAUUUCUUGACUUUGAUCUUAAUGUAGCUGAAAGCGUCGACCCCAAAACAGGAGACUGGGCAGCAGAUAAACAUCUCCAGUUGUAUUCUACAGUUGUUUCUGGUGAAUCUUCUGCUGAAACAAGCUCGAGAAAAUCUGAACAUCUUGCACUGGAUCUGAACCAUUCAAGUGAAGAUGGAGGUCCGCUAUUAGAUUGGCGGACAGGGCAGUUCUUUCCCCAAGAACGCGGACACCAUACUCAGUCUCAUUCCUUAAUUUCUUCAAAACAGACUGCAAGGGAUAUUAAUUUGAAUGAUCAGCCGACUCACCUCAAUGAUUCUUCUGUUAUUACCUAUUUAAGUCCGGCAUCUCAGACUUUCAAUGUCUCCGGAGGUAACAAGUCAGAUGAUUCUGUAAUAUCCAUAAUGGGCAAGAGAGUUGAAGUCAACAGGAAAGAUUUUGUUUCUCAUAUUCCAAAUCUAGCAAAUGGGCCGUCCCAAGAGCAGCUUCCGUUUGAGGUUAACCUGGGGAGAACAACUGGUAACCUUUUAGGCAUUGGAUCUGCACCUACAUAUUCCAAUUCACCAGGGUAUGGUUUCAAUAGUUUCGCACCUGGGCCUCCUUUGCCUUUUCCCUCAACGAUGUACGGAUCUGGAGCGCCCAUUCCUUACAUGAUGGAUUCCAGAGGACAGCCUGUUUUCCCACAGGUGGUGGGCUCUGCUUCAGCUUUGCCACCUGCUUUCUCUCAACCACCCUUCCUGGUGAACUUGAACACCUCAAACCCUUCAAACGGGGUUGGGCCAUCGAGAAGCAGUGUCGAUCUCAAUUCUGGUAUGCUAUUGGAGAGUGGGAGUAAAGACCCUGCAGGAUUUGGACUCUUCUUGAAUUCAGCUCAAGUGAGGUCGGUGGAGGAGCAGUCGAGGCCCAACUCUGUAUACAGUGGGAAGCGAAAAGAACCAGAAAACGGAUGGGAACAUUUUCCUUUCGGGCAUUGUACACCACCUUGGAAAUAAAGCUGAUUCGUGUAGCCGUUUCUUUGGAUUGGGAUUAGGGGAAAGGAGAGCAGGUUAGUGAUUUCAUGACAUUAGUUUUAUUCGAGAAAAAGAGAGAGCCCGUAUUGACGUAGCUGGGAAAUGGCUCCAAGAAACCAAAUAAUGAUGGAAAAUUGCAGGUGUAAUUUAAUUCUCUUGAUGUUUUCCUAGAGGAGAGAAAUACAGGAGCUAGGUUUAAAGUUUUUAUUUUUAUUUUAUUUUAUUUUUAAUUUUGGGUUUAAUUUUUUUGUUUUGGUAGCCUUUUACGUUUUAUGGAACUUGUCAUAUAGCAAUAGUAGUACUGAUCUUUACAUUCCAAUGGAACUUAGUACAAACUCUUACAUAUAAUAUUAGUAUGCUGGUUCUCAUAUUCGUGUCACAUGUGAUGUAACAGAUUCUGGAGUUGUAAAUAAUUGUUUUUACCUGGCUUUAUUUAUUCACAUGUUUAUCUUCA